CGACUUCAUUAGUCACAGACAGCAGACUGUAAUCAGUUUCAAACUCGCUUGCAAACUUAGCCGUUGCAUUUAACAACAACGCUGCAGCCAACAAGCAAGCACAGCCCAGCCGACACAUCUCACAAGGACCGCUUCCACUAUGUAUUGGGCUCUGUCUCUCGGGACGGUUCUGCUCGCUUCCUCGCUGAGGUUUUCCGCCGCGGAAGGUGCUGACAGUUUCUCUCCAGACAUGUUCCAGCGAGAAGUCGACCCCCUGGACUCGCUGGCUUUCCUGCUGCGCCCGACGGGCGAGCCGUGCCGGGGGGUGGCGUCGUGUCGCUGGGCGGAGGGCGGAGCGUUCCAGCCAGCGGGUCAGAGCGACGUUCCGGAGGUCAGCUUCCCCCCCGGCCGUCCCACGGCGGAAAACAUGGGGAACGCGUGCCUGUACCGUGGGCGCCGGGCCACGCCCCCGCCCCACACCCUCCCACAGACCGGAUUCAGUCACCUGGGACGCCAGGCCCAGGCAGUGAGCUCCGUGGAGGCGGGGAUAGAACACUGCUGUCGCACGUCAGACCCGCUGUGCUGCGCACGACAAGCGUGGAUGGAAGCGCUACAGCAGUUCUGUUUAGAGGAGUCCUCUAUUAAGACGCGUCAGUAUCAUUGCUGCCUGAAACAGGGAGAGGAGAAAUGGGGGUGCUUCCAAAACGACGCCCCCAAUCCGGGCUACAACCCCACGGUGUCGGAGGUCGAGGGCGCCCAAGGGGGGGCCCAGAAGUCUGAAGGCGCGCCCAUGUUACGAUUUUCCUGGAACCCCCAAUUCUGCAACAGUGACAGCAAGGCAGUACUGCAGCCCAGGGGGGCCCAGGGGUCCCAGCUAGAGCUUCCCAAACUGAGCUUCCCUCCCGGCAGACCCUCCCCCUCCAACCUGCGCAACAUAUGCAGACUGGGCAAGCUCCGCCCCUGGUACCCGUCCAAGUGCAUGCCCAGCAGCGGGUAUGGCUGGUUCCUGCGCCAAUCA